AUGAACCAUCGAGCAGUGAGCGCGGGCCCGACGUCCGCGUCGGCGCCGGUGAGCACGUCGCACGCCGCGCCGCUCGUCAGCACCUCGCAGGCCGCGCCCGGCGUCAGCACCUCGCACGCGGCUCCAGGCGUCACAACGUCGCAUACGGCGCCAGGAGUAAGCACUUCGCAGGCCGCGCCCGGUGUCAGCACGUCGCACGCCGCGCUCGGCGUCAGCACGUCGCAUGCCGCGCCCGGUGUCAGCACGUUGCACGCCGCGCCCGGUGUCAGCACGUCGCACGCCGCGCUCGGCGUCAGCACGUCGCACGCCGCGCCCGGUGUCAGCACGUUGCACGCCGCGCCCGGUGUCAGCACGUCGCACGCCGCGCCCGGUGUCAGCACGUCGCACGCCGCGCUCGGCGUCAGCACGUCGCAUGCCGCGCCCGGUGUCAGCACGUUGCACGCCGCGCCCGGUGUCAGCACGUCGCACGCCGCGCUCGGCGUCAGCACGUCGCAUGCGCAGCCCGGCAUCCGGCCGCCCAAGCGCGGCAUGCAACAGCGACCGCUCACUGCCAAACGGACACGAGUUCAGGGCUUUGAGCGUUCAGUGGAGGUGGAGUACCAGGUGCCGACGUCGCGCUGCGACCAAGACGACGAGAGCGUCAUCGUAAUUGAUUCGGAGGAAGACGACGAGCGAUGCACAGGCACCAUGUAUAGGGAGGGCGAAGAGGACGAAGACAUAGAGGAAGAGCAGGAGGAUUACGAAGUAUUUUCCGAAAACACUGCCUUCAGAGAGUUUGCAAGAGAAACUCUUGCUAAAAUGCUGACAAAUGAGAAAGAAAAUCUUAGAAAAAAUAAUGUCGUAGAAGAAAUUAAAAAACUUUAUGAAGAACUGCAAGUUCUUAAAGAUAAUAUGUCACGUUUGACGGAACAAUUAGCAAAACUUAAAGCAGAAAAUAACACAGCAAGUGAUACAAAUGCCCGGCUGGCCGAGGAGAUCAAUAACAGAGAAGGUGUGGUAGCAGUCAGGUUGUUAGUAGAAUCUCAGUUGAGCGCGGGCCCGACGUCCGCGUCGGCGCCGGUGAGCACGUCGCACGCCGCGCCGCUCGUCAGCACCUCGCACGCCGCGCCCGGCGUCAGCACCUCGCACGUGGCUCCAGGCGUCACAACGUCGCAUACGGCGCCAGGAGUAAGCACUUCGCAGGCCGCGCCCGGUGUCAGCACGUCGCACGCCGCGCUCGGCGUCAGCACGUCGCACGCCGCGCCCGGUGUCAGCACGUUGCACGCCGCGCCCGGUGUCAGCACGUCGCACGCCGCGCCCGGUGUCAGCACGUCGCACGCCGCGCUCGGCGUCAGCACGUCGCAUGCCGCGCCCGGUGUCAGCACGUUGCACGCCGCGCCCGGUGUCAGCACGGUGCACGCCGAGCCCGGUGUCAGCACGUCGCAUGCGCAGCCCGGCAUCCGGCCGCCCAAGCGCGGCAUGCAACAGCGACCGCUCACUGCCAAACGGACACGAGUUCAGGGCUUUGAGCGUUCAGUGGAGGUGGAGUACCAGGUGCCGACGUCGUCGCGCUGCGACCAAGACGACGAGGGCGUCAUCGUAGUUGAUUCGGAGGAAGACGACGAGCGAUGCACGAGCACCAUGUAUAGGGAGGGCGAAGAGGACGAAGACAUAGAGGACGAGCAGGAGGUUGAAGGCGGUGAAGAAGAAGAGGAAGCAGAAUCUUCUUCUUCGGAAGAAGAAGCGGAAGCAGAAUCUUCUUCUUCGGAAGAAGAAGCGGAAGCAGAAUCUUCUUCAACACGUCAGGGAACAUUAUAA